UGCUCCAAGCGGACGUCCGGGAGAGGCGUCAGCCUAAACAUGGCGUCUUCGGUCAGGUACAAAGCUAGAGAGACAAGAUCACUUUUGCAAUUCAAAUCCUUCCUAGUUUUAUGUCCAGUUAUAGUGGCGUCUUGUUUGUUGGCGGUGUCUGUUUCGGCUAAGCCGGACAACCUGAAAGUAAUCACUGACGGAAACUGGGAGGAAAUUCUGACCGGCGAAUGGAUGAUUGAAUUUUUCGCUCCGUGGUGCCCGGCGUGCCAGCAGCUGCAGCCUGUGUGGAAUGAAUUUGCCGACUGGGGAGACGACUUGGGAGUCAACAUCGCGAAAGUGGACGUCACGGAACAACCUGGACUAAGUGGCAGAUUCAUCAUCACUGCACUACCAACCAUUUACCACUGUAAAGAUGGAGUGUUUCGGCGUUACCAAGGUGCACGUACUAAAGAUGAUUUCCUGAGCUUCAUUGAUGAGAAGAAAUGGCAGAGCAUUGAACCCAUUUCCUCCUGGUUUGGUCCUUCCUCUUUCCUGAUGAAUAUGAUGUCGGCCCUCUUUAAGCUGUCCAUGUUUAUCAGGCAAUGCCAUAACUACCUGACGGAGCAAGUGGGGAUCCCUGUGUGGGGUUCAUAUGUGAUUUUUGCAUUGGCAACGCUGUUCUCAGGACUUGCUCUAGGACUGGUGCUGGUGUUCAUUGCUGACUUUGUCUUCCCAUCACGCCGGUUCUCCUCUUCAGCCUACUAUCACAAGAAAUAUGCAGUGGAGCAGGCACGACUUUUGCAGCAGUUGGAGGAAGAGCAGGAAGCUGAUGGAGAGGAAGAGGAAGAGGAUGAAGAUGAGUAUGGUGGGAGAGCUGAGAAAUGGCAGAGAAGAAGUACUACAGAGGCUGCUGUGAGAAAGAGAGCAGUUGGGGGAGGAGGGGAGGAGGAGGAGGACACCUAGAGGCCUGGAGAGGAACUAUGUAGUACAACAGCGCACAGACCAAAUUGCUACGGAAAAACACACCCGUGCCACCAUGGCAGCACUCACGGGCAUCCAGAUGACAUCGCUGAUGGUGUCCGAGCUCUCUUACAGUGUGCUUAUCCUGAACACCUCUUUAUUCCUCAGCUCCGCUUUCCUGUCCUGUCGAGCGAGCACGUGCGCGCACAUGGGAGAGAGAUUGACAGAGAGGAAGGGAUAAAAGGGGAGAGGGACAUACAGGCAGAGACCAGGGCAUGAAGAGCUAUGGGACUGUUGAAUAGGAAAUGAACCAUGUGGCUUUUACUGCCUGUCUAAACUCUCUGUGAACUAACUCUUACCUGCUAACGUAUGAGUCUGACAUAGGUAUACAUUUGGGUUAUUUGGAUACAUGAGGAUAUUUGGAUGAGGGAACACAGUAAAGCUUUACAUAUGUUGUUUUGGUUUUUGUGCUUUAUGUGCAAUUAAUAUUUUAUUUGCUGAAUUACUUUUGAGUCUCUUAUGUGCAGCUGAGAUUUGUUAGUAUUAAAUGCUUUAUUGGUUAUUCUUAAAGGAUAAGGUUUGUGCGUGUCUACAAAUAUUUGUGAGUGCAAGUGUGUGAGUAAGAGAGAUCUGCACUUCUGCACUGUUGAAGUUGGUGUGACAACCUCAGCGCUCUGAUCAGAGUUCUGUGUGCAGGUACAUCUUUCUGGCUGUAGCAUUAGUCUUCUGUUGUGUAGGAAAGCCCUCUUGCUGUAGUGUGACUCUAAAUAAAGUGAAAUUUGAUGCUUCUCCAGUAUACCCAUCUAGCUAUCUAGAACACUUAUUUGUUUAUUAUUGAUUUCACUUUUUUACAGCAAAUUCAUAAAGCCACACAUCACUAAGUUCAUGCUUAUUUGUGUGGUUCUUAAAUAGUUGUAGAGCAAAGAAAAGUUUAUUGUAAAGUUUGUCAAGAAGACUUCAACAGAAAAAAUCAAGGUACUGUAGGCCUCGAUAUUUGUAUAGGGUGUUUUAAAAAUAUUUUUGUCUCAAGCAAUGCACUGAUAUAUGUUUUAUUUUCAGUUUGACUCAGCAAACAAUUUUACGAAGUUUUUCAUUUAAUUUUACUCUUUUCAUUAUGAAAUUCAAAAUAAAACAUAAUCCUACAUAAUGCUGAGCAACCAGCAUCUGCCUUCAUACCAACCUCCAGAUUAGACUACUGCAUUGUGUUUAGAAGGUUCAGAUAGUUUAUCUUCAUCGUACAUACAAGGAAAACGGAACAUAUAACCAUGGACCAGUUCAGUUCACAAUAUUUACUUAUUGAGUUCUACAUUGAAUACAAACCCUUACAUAUGAUGUUUGAAGCCCUUAUCCUACCUUGACUAUAGUUGGCUGAUCUUUGACCACUUCUACUGUUAAUGCCUUCACUUACAACUGAGGUAGAGGGUUUUUUAUCUAACUCUUAAAUUCUGGAGUAGUGUGCAGGAGAAGAUUAGGGGUCAAAGCUCAGUACUUUAAAAUCCAAAUAAAAAUAUUUACUUGUUUAGCUUGGCUGAUAUGUGGUUUAUUAGGUCUUUUAUUUCAUUUCAUUUGAUACUAUAUUAAUGAAUUUGAUAUGUUCAUGCAUUAAUGUUUCAUGAAUGUAUAUUGUAGCUUUUGUUUAAUCUUUUCUAAUGGACUCAAAGUGAGUAGUGCUAAAUAAAGAUGAUGAUGAUGAUGAUGAUGAUGGAUAUGUUUACCUAUUACCACUCUCCAUCCUAACCAUAUUUCGAUGAAAUCUUUCUCCAUGCCUCUCCAAGCCUCAGAGGAUUUUUGCUCAAGGUCAUGUGACCUGUUUUAUGUGUUUUGGUUCAUAUAGAUUAUUUCUCUCAAGAUGGCCUAUUGUAUGAUAUCUCCUUGCAUUUGAUGCCUAGGCCUGUUUCUCAUGUUUCUUUAAUCUGUGUUUGUUGCCAUGUACAACGUACCUCGCUCAUGCCAUGGUCUGUGGCCCUGAUUCAUUUGGUUGGGACCACCAAGUCCAAUUAUCCACUGCAUUACUGCUUUCCCCUCCCUUCUGUCCUUUGCCACUCUGCUUUCUCCGUUUAGCUUUGACCUCUGCGCUGUGCAGUUUGACUGACCAGUCUGCAGACUCAAGGCUGAUUUCUAGACUUCCAGAAAAUCUGAUUUUAAGAUACUCCUGGCACAUAAAUAAACACUGAGAAUCUGAAUAUCA